AGUCUGCUAUUCUCGCGGAGAAAAAAAUGUCAUUUACACAAUUUUACGAAUACACAAAAAAGAAAGAAGAGGAAAACAUCAAUAAUAACCAGCCUGAGAAUUCAUUGAUUGAGGAGGAUGAUGAAAUGAAAAUACUAGGCGACAUCCCAAACUCGUUCCAUCAACUAACUGAUGAUCAUUUUCCAUUGUUUAUAAAUUACGAAACAUUUUCUCAAAUGCUCGAAGGAUCAUAUGAAAUUGAUGUCAAUAAAUUAUGGAAGACAAAACAGCAGGAAUUUAAUACAAAUAAUGUUGAUGAGGAUGAAGAAUACAACCCUAAAUCCUCUUUUGUCGAUGCAUCUGAAAAGUCAUGGGCUCAUUUUAUAACCUUUGACCUUUUCGAAAAAAAGUAUUGGAAUCAUUUUAGUUAUCAUUAUAGGCGAAAAUUAGAUCCCGCAUUGGUUUAUGCAGAAUUCUCUAUAAUUAAAGGAUUAAAUCCAAAAGAUGACUAUUUAUCAAGAGAGGAAUACUUGUCCGUUGAUUCUAAAAAAUAUCCUAUAUUUUACGACCGUGACGAAAUUUAUAACCUGUUUGAACGAUAUGAAAAAAUGAAAAAGCUUAAUUACGACUAUGAUUCAAUAGAUCG